AUGACACAGCCUCUCAAGCACGUCGUGUUCGACGUCGUCGGCACCUGCGUAUCGUUCGACGCCUACUACGAACGCAUAGACUCAGUCUUGGGUGCAAAACUUCGCGAGCACCACAUAACCGCGCAACACUUCGGGUACACCUGGCAGACAGCUGCUGAGCUGGAAUUCACAUUCUUGUCCAUCUCCGAAAGCUACAAGCCUUACAAGGAUAUUCUCCGAGGAGUAUUCUACCGUACCCUUUGCCUUUGUGGCGUCUCCGAUCCUCGGGCUGUAGCCACUGAAGAGGAGCGGGAACAGUGCAUCGAAGGCUAUUCCGCUUUACAGCUGCGACCUGGCUGUCAGGAAACGUUCCAGUUGCUGCGCGACAACGGCUUUACCGUCUGGUGCUUCACCACCGGGGAUGUGCAACGAGUCAGAGGCUAUUUCGAGCGCGCCGGUGUAGACAUGCCGCUGGAGAAUUUCGUCAGUUGCGACAACUUAGGCGUGGCUAAACCCGCUCUCCGCGCCUAUGAGUCUGUAUGGAAUCGAUUUGGAGGAAACGAUGUGAAAUGGUUCGCUGCCGCGCACAUGUGGGAUGUCGCAGCGGCCACCAAAGUCGGUUUUCGCGGAGCAUGGAGCUCGGUGUACGAGAAGGAAGCUUGUCUCGACGUUUUUAGUGAUGUGAAAUUAGAGGUGGUGGCUGGAGGUCUCAUGGAGAUGGCGCAGCAGAUUGUAGAGAAGUCUCAAUGA